GUUGUUUGCCAUCCGCCACAAAACUUCGGGAAGAGGAAGCAGUAGAAGAAGAAGAACUGCACAAGAAUACUCAUGCUAAUGUCGGGGAAGUGCUGACAGCUAAUGCACAACCUUUUGUAAAUAUAAAAUACUACACGUUGUUUAAAGUAAAGGUUUUAUUUUCCAACCUUCUGUGUUACCAGACCGCCGGAGGUUCAACUUCAUGUUGAACCGCCUCUCCGCUGCGCUCACGCUGCUACACUGCCGCCUGCCCUUCUCCUCACCGAGGACUCCGAUCCGAGCCUGCUGCCGUCUCCUCGGCAGGAUGGAGCUCGCCGUGGUGAGGUGCCUCCCCGGGGAGCCCAAACUCACCAUCUCCUUCUCCCUGGAAGGCAGCCACAAGCACAUGCUUCGGGACCAGGACGAGCCGCUGGGUAAGGUCCUGGCCCGGAUCUCCAACAGCAUCGCCAUGGGUCAAGGAAAGGCGAAGAAGUCGAAGAAGAACAGGGUGCAGCAGCCGUGUGAGGCCCCGGAGCCCGCCGCGGUGAAGCUGUACUACGACGGGGACGAGGUGCCGGACACGGUGCUGAACUCGGAGGCGUGGCGGGACGGAGCCGUGCUGCAGGUGGGGGUGGUUAAAUUCUCGGUGCAGAGGAACGCUCCCACCUUCACCACCGCCGAGCUACCGGCGUCCCUGCUGGCCGGGUUCCCCGCCUGCCCCAAGCUGGAGCUGGAGUUUGGGAACCUCCAAGACUGCGAGUUCACUUGGUACAAAGAGAAAGCCCCAAACACAAGCCCCGAAGCUGCUGGGGAGGUUCCAGGUCAGGAUCCAGGUUGGACCCAGGUUGGAUGCGGGAGAGUCCACGUCCCGUCCAACCAGGACAUCGGCUGCAGGCUCAAACUCCGCUGCACACCCAAGGAUGGAAGUCGCAGCGGCCAGGCCAAGGAGCUGGUCUCUGUGGGAGCCGUGGAGGCCGGACCAGGCGUGUGCACGUUUGACAACCGACACAUGUACACCGUCAAAGAGACUGAGUGGCCGGCCAUGAGGGUGGUGUCCUACAACAUCCUCGCUGAUGUCUACGCCCAGACAGAACUGUCCAAGACGGUGCUUUACCCGUACUGCGCCCCCUACGCCCUGCAGCUGGACUAUCGACAGAACCUGAUCAAGAAGGAGCUGGCCGGAUACAACGCUGACAUUAUCUGUCUGCAGGAGGUUGACAAAAGGGUGUUUGUGGACAGUCUGACUCCAGCUCUGGAUGCCUUCGGCCUGGACGGAGUUUUCAGGAUCAAAAAUAAACAGCACGAAGGAAUGGCCACUUUCUACCGCAGGUCAAAGUUCCGGCUGCUGAGCCGUCAUGACAUCGUGCUGAGCGAGGCGCUGACCUCUGACCCCAUCCAUUCUGAGCUGCUGGAGAAGGUUUCUGCUAACGGCGCCCUGAAGGACAACAUACUGCAGAGAUCCACCUCGCUGCAGGCGAGUGUGCUCGAGGACCUGAAUAAACCAGGCAGGAAGGUCUGUGUGGCCAACACUCACCUGUACUGGCACCCGAAAGGAGGGAACAUUCGCUUGGUCCAGAUGGGCGUGGCUCUGCGGCACCUGAGUCAUGUGAUCAGCGAGGUCGCACCUGGAGCCCCUCUGGUGUUUUGUGGUGACUUCAACUCCUCCCCUAACUCAGGUGUGUUCCAGCUGGUCAGUGAGGCCGUGGUUCCGCAGCAGCACGCGGACUGGAGCAGCUCGGGCCCGGAGGAGUCCUGCAGUAUGGAGCUGCGCUCUGCCUUCCCCCCGCUGCUGAGCGCCUGCAGCCAGCCGGCCUACACCAACUAUGUGGGAGGAUUUCACGGCUGCCUGGACUACAUCUUCGUACAGCCGGAAAGCAUGCAGGUGGAGCAGGUGAUUCCUCUGCCCAGCCACCAGGAGGUCACCACCUAUGAGGCUCUGCCCAGCGUGGCUCACCCCUCUGACCACAUCGCCCUCGUCUGUGACCUGCGCUGGAGCCCCUGACCUGUGACCCCCCAACCACCUGGACAAAAGACGCAGGACAACUCUUGCAAAUACAUUCUGCCUUUGGAUUUCUUUAUACCGGGAUGAAGUCUGAGCAUGGGAAUGUGUUCCUGCAGGUUAACUGUAGACCAGUGAAAGUCAACAGAAACAUGGACGACAUAGUACGACUAUAAUGUUGUGAUUAAGUACAUGUCGUAUAAUUUACAGUCCUUAAUAUACAAAAAUAAUAUUUCAUCACUGAUAUUCAGUGUUGGGUUUUGUUACUUUAAACACAGUAAUGAAUUGCACAUUGAUUUUUAUUUUACCUAGUAGCGACUACUUUGGCUGGUACAUACCGCCCCCGACAGGAAACUAAGUCACGCUGGUUUGAUAACUAUGCUCAUUUCAUCAGCAGAAGUAGGCUCCUGCUGGUUCUUCCUCGCCCUGUGAAGCAGCUGUUAUGACACAUUUUAGACCACAUGGAAACUUAUUGGCUUCAGUACCCAAUGAAAUGGUUAAUAAAUAAAUAUUAACAUUUUAAUAUAAGUAUUUAUUAUUAUUAUUGUUGUUAUUAUGGUCAAACAAGAUGCAGAGUGGUUCUUUGACAUUUUUAAUAAAGUUUGAGUCUACAGAAACGUCCAUGCACGAGUCAGAUUGUUGGCGCUCUCUUUUCGGUUCUGAUACUUUCACCUUCAUAUAAAAGGCAGCAAAAGAGAUGGGAAAGUUCUCCCCGGGUAUGGUAACUGUCAAGUAACGUGCUAUAAUUUCUGGUCAACGUCUUUCUUUAGGUCAGUUUAAAAAUACCUGUCUCCAGAAUGGGUUUCGACAAUCCGGUGGAUUAGGGAAGAAAAACAGAGAUGUAAUGUUAGAAAUUACUA